ACGAAAGUGAAAGAGGGGCCGGAGUCGGGCAGGAAGCGCCGGCGCCGCUGCAGGAGCCUGGGUGUGGGCGACACAAUGACAGAUUCAGAAGAGGUAACUGGGCACCAGGAUUCCUUUGUCCGUCUGCCUGAUGAGCUCCCACUGGAGAACAGCCCCCCCGAGAUGACACCCGAACGCCUGCAGCAGGAGAUUGAGAAGUGCAAGGAGCGCUGCCAGGCGCUGGAACAAGACCGGCUAGAGCUGGGGAUGGCGAAGGAAGCCGCUGAGCGGAAGACACAAGGAUUCCAGAGAGAAGCCGAACUCCUCCGUGGGAAACUGGAGAAAGAGACGUCUCUGAGCAGGGAGCUGGAGCCCUCCUCCCAGGAGCUUUGUCUGGCAAAGGCGGAAAGGGACAAGUUGCUUCAGGAAAAGCAGAAGCUGGAAAAGGAGCUGGAGGAGCUGGAGGAGAGGAGAGUGGCCUGGGAGGAGCAAGCUAAGGCGCCGCCCUCCCUGCCGGACAGAAAGAUGCUGUUUAAGGGACACGUGACGGAGGCCGAGGACGUGAACGCACUGGUGGUCGCCCCUCGGAUCCAGCGGGCACUACCUGGGGGCUCUGCCCUCCUCACCUUCGAGGAGCCAGAGGUUGCCCAGAGGAUCCUAGAGAUGAAGCAGCACGAGGUGAAGCUGGACGAGAGUGCAGGGUGCGAGGGCCGGGUGCGAGUGCAGGCAGAGCCGGUGGAGCUGCUGCUGCCCUCAGCCCUGGAGAUUGAGCUGAAGCUGAGUGACAGGUGCAUCCUGCUGUCCAGCCUCCCCCGCCUGGAUCUCUCGGAGGAGCAGCUGCUGGAUAAGCUGGAGCUGUUCUUCAGCAAGGCGAAGAACGGGGGCGGUGAGGUGGAGCAGCGGGAGCUGCUGAGUGAUUCUGGGCACGUGGUGCUGACCUUUGCGCAAGAUGGAGUGGCGGAGCAGCUAAUGAAGAAAGGACGCAUCCAAGUCCCCAUUGGCAAGCGGACGUACGAACUCAAAGUGACGCCCUACAUGAGUGGACAGAUCACAGACCUUCAGGUCCGUCCGUCCGUCUGUGCCAAGACCGUGCUCCUGUCGGGGAUCCCGGACAUCUUGGAUGAGGAGUCCAUGAGGGACGCCCUGGAGAUUCACUUCCAGAAGCCCAGCCGAGGCGGGGGCGAGGUGGAUGCCCUGGGAUAUGUGCCAGUGGGGGGGCAGGGACUUGCUGUGUUUGAGGAGGACACGGACUGAAGCUCCUCCGUGGACAUUAACCCGAACACGAGACAGUCGGCACCCAGGGACUGGGCCUGAGCCCACGUGCUCCGUGUAGAUUAAUCAGGCUCUGAUUGGCAUUAAAGUCUUUGGGGAGCUGC